AUGGGGUAUAAAUCAUCCCGAACUGUUAUCUCAGUGUUGCAGUUACUGAUAUUUUUUACUCUAACUGAAGCCACCACGACGUUUUAUCGAGCCACUCUAUGCGAUGUCAAAACUAGAUUGGCUAACAAAUGCAUGACAUCUGUCAAUAAACCAGAAAGAAUAGUCAAUUGCUGUGUCCGCUGCAGCUCCGAUAGCAGUUGUCUUGGAGCUAGUGUGCAGCUAAACACGAGUAGUUGCUACAUCCACACCCAGUGCAGUGGUACAACUGACUGUUCCAAAGGAGACCCGGGGUUUAAAUACUACUCGAAAAGACCAGACAAGCUACCGUGUGUGUACGGAACCUGGAAUGAAGCAACAUGGAGCUGUAAGUGUUCUUACCCGAGGGUUGGGAAACUGUGCGAUCGCUUGCCUACAAACUGCACAGAAUUCGGCCAGUACUGGCCGACAACCUAUGGUGACUCGAUGAUUGCCCUAAACCCCUCGCCAAUUAAUAGAAAUGUCAUUACUGUCUGUUCCCGAACGAAAGACAGUUUAUCGACGAUUGUUCUGCGAAAUGUAGGAGAGCAGAACUUCAACAGGACAUUGUCCGACUACGUUCAAGGUUUUCUUACAAAUCCUCCGCCAUAUAAUUUAAGUUUCUGGGUAGGAAUGGAUGCCAUGCCCUCUUUGUUAGGACCAACACCAAGGAACAUGAGAAUCAGCAUUUUCUUCAACAGUGCAACCCCUAAAAGGUACGAUUAUAGGUAUUCGGGCGUUGUUUUAGGCGACAGCAGUACAAACUACAUGUUAACAUAUGAAAGCUACACAGCGUUGUCAGGAGCACCUAACGGGAACUGUCUGGAGCUGAGCAACAUGACCUCCUUCUCCACUUGGGACUCCGACAAUGACAAAGACAGCACAGAGAAUUGGGCUUCAAGAGCUGGCGCCGGCUGGUGGUUCCCGUCCUCCAACUUCACAUGCAAUCCUCUUGGAGCGUUCUACAACAAAUCAACUCCCCCAACAGACGAUGGCUACCUUCGAUUCCCCGGCAUCAGCACCGAUCUGAUUAGGAACAAUCUUGUUAGGAUUGAACUGCAUAUUGAAGAUCCAUACGCUUGA